AUGUACUCGGAUGGCGUGUUCGGUCAUAUCAAGAAAGAGUUUCGACAUGUACCGUGCCGGAAAAUUGUGACGGCGGGAGGCCAAACGGGUUUGGUCGAGGUGGAAUCGAUCCGCUACUUGAACGAAAAUGGCCGACAUGAGAUCCUCGACAACCUCAAGUACACCGACACCUUUCUGAUUGUAUACAGCGUCACAUCCAGAGCCUCGUUCGAAGCUGCCGUGGAAUGCUAUAGCUGGAUUCACUGGAACUACUGGCGCAGUUGUCCUGGCAGCCCGGGUCAGUCCCAGGUGCCAGUCAUUCUUGUCGGGAACAAGAACGAUCUGGAAGGUUGGCGAGAGGUGUCAAUAGGCGACGGGAGGAAAAUGGCACGAGAGCUUGGAAUCGGCUUCUGCGAGCUAACGGCAAAGAACGCGUCCGGUGUCAAAAAGUUAUUCCAGGAGGCCAUCCAAACGUCGCGGCAACGAAAAGACGGUUGCUCCGUGCGCCAAACAGCAGAUGUCCCUUCAGUGUUGAAUGCUUCCUCAGUAACGCCUCCGACAAGCCAUAAAAAGGCAUCACUUCGAAGCUCGCGAUCCCGCCUAAGCAGGCUCACGACAUGGCGCAGAUCCAUGAGCUCUUCUAGACAGGCGUACGUUCCCGGGUGGGAUCCGAAGACCGACUAUGGCAAGAAUGAGUUGCAGGAGGGCUUGGUAGCAGCAGCCAAGGCGAACGACCCUCACACGUUCAGGUCAUAUGCUCAAGCAGGCGCGCAGUUGGAUGGUCGCGCUCUCGGCGAAAAAGGAAGUGUGGUGCAUAUCGCUGCCGCCGCUGGCCAUGUUGAAGUUCUGGAAGUCAUUAUCCAACGGGAAGCAGGAAUCAAUCUCCCCGACCUUGAUGGAAUCCCGCCGCUGCAGAUGGCUGCCGUGAAUGGGCACUACCAAUGCGUGAGUUUGCUCUUGCAAAACGGCGGCGAUAUCGAUCAGACAAGUCCGCGAUAUGGAACAGCUCUAAGCGCUGCGGCAUCACGGGGCCACGUUGAAAUUGUGCGUCUCUUGCUUUUUAUGGGAGCCGAAGUUGAGGUUGAGACGUCUCCAUUCGGUAACAUGAUGCAGCGGCUGUCUCGCACUUUCGAUGCCAGUAUCGUUCAAUUCUUACAUGAGUCGGAUGAUGAUGCCACUACAAGCUCUAGCCUUGACGAGAGACCGUCUCAAGAAGCAUUAUCCCGAGAUGUGUCUGGCGUUACGACUCCCACCGGGUCAUUGGAUAUGCAACUUGCCAAGAUUGAAGAGGUGGAAGACAUUGUAGAGGCGGGCUCAAUCAAUCAUGGAUAUCUAUUGGAAAGAGAUGCGACAAUUCGAUACUCCCAGGAUUCAGACUCGUUCGAAAUUGACUUUACAAACCACGAUUGGGUCGCUAGCAAAGUAGCUGAUUAUACCAAUGACUUGCACACCGCAAGCAGUUCGCCUAUUCAUAUUCGUUGA